AUGUCUCUUCACCCUUUACCCCUGCUCCUCUACACCCACACACCACCACCACCACCAUCUUCCUUUGUGGCAGUGUUUUACAGUCCUGAAAAGAUGUUCUCCCCAUUACAGGUGGUUUUGGUGACUCUGUCCGUGUCUUUGCUGCUUUGCAGCGUCAGUUCGGCACCAAGAGGAGACAUGCUGCUCCAGCUGCUACGAUCAGAAGUGGAUCCCAAGGAGAAUGAGCUUCAGGAUCUCUCUCGUUUGCUUCUUCUGAAGCAGCUUUCGGAGUCGGUGGCACCUGAGGAGAAAGAUGCUCUUGAAAGCACUGAUGAUCUUGAGGCUCGUAAUGAAGUGGUCCGCCAGAUUCCCCUCUCCCAACGAGAACGCAAAGCAGGCUGCCGGAAUUUCUACUGGAAGACCUUCACCUCUUGUUAAUCAACCUGCUUGGUUUGAAAUUUCAAUACCAUUUAAACUUGUGUAGGCAUCAAUAUUAAGAGGAUUUCUGGUCCUGUGCAUACAUCAUGGAUUGUAAUAACCAAUCUAUAUGUUCUUCAGUUUCUCCUCUAUCUUACACCAUCUGUAUUAACCAAGAAUGUUCUUAAAUUCACCAGCA